AUGAUUAAUGCUAUAAUUCUGAAUGAUCCCUCUAAGGGAGAAUGGUUCCUCUCUUGUUUAUAUGGUACCCCUUAUAAAGAAGACCAAGUAGAACAAUGGGAAUACAUUAAAGAUCUUAGUAAAGCUGUUAACAUCCCAUGGGUUGUUUUAGGAGAUUUAAAUAUUACUCUUGAUGGAAAUGAAAGAGUAAAUCAUGCUUCCUCUUCAAGUAAUAGUAGUAUUACUCAAUUGGUAAGAGAAGCAGAUCUCAUGGACUUAGGAUUUAAUGGAAAUCCCUUUACUUGGACAAGCAAUAAACAUGGAACUGAUGUUAGUUUAACUCAUGUUACUCAAAAUGGCUCUGACCGUACUCCAAUCCUGUUACAGUUAUAUCAUAACUUAUCUGUCAAAGGUAAAAACUGGAAAUUCUUUGAAAACUGGCUUCAUAAUUCUACUUGUGCAACUGAAAUUGAAAAUUCUUGGACUAUUGAUGUGUCUGGUUCUACAACAUUUGUUUUUAUGAAUAAACUUAUCAAUACUAGAAAGCAGCUAUCAUUAUGGAAAAAGAAUACCUUUGGUCAUAUUCAAAGAACUAUUUCUCAAUUAAAGGAUCAGAUGACUUCUUUACAACAGUCUGAUAUCAAUGGAAGUAACACUCAUAAAUUACUUCAGUUAGAAGAUGAAAUAGCAAAAUGGGAUGAUAUUAAGUCUAGUUUUUGGAGACAGCAGGUCAAGGAUAAAUUUCAUGGUGAAAUGGAUAUGAAUACCAAGUAUUUUCACACUAGGGCUAAUAUGAGAAGGUCUAGAAAUAAAAUUGACAGUCUAUUAGAUCCUGAUGGUACUUGGUGA